AUGAAACGCAGACAUGUGUGGUGUUGCUGCACCACAUGCAUCACGGCGCUACUGGUCUUGACAUUUUCCAUAUCGUCCCCUUUUUACAGUGACACCACAACAGCUGACAAUGGGGGUACACAGCGCGUUGAUGCAGCUCCACUGGGUCAAGGCAGCCCACUGAAAGUGGCCCCUGCCUCAGCAUCAAGCUGCACGCAUUACCUGUUCAACAAGUCAAGUGGGAAGUUGGCGGGGAACGGCCGCACGAUUUUUGCGCUGCUGCUCACAAGCGUGACGUACCAUGGUGUAGGGCGAAUGAAGGAAACGUUGCCGUCAUGGAUGGGGAACUACUUGUUGGCACAGGGCAAUGCCGAUCUGGUUAUCUUCUAUGCCUACCCCACAAUUACUGCUAGGGAAUUGGCGGGGAUAUUUGGGAUGCUGAAGGCGGACGAGGCGCAGCUUAGCUCACUCGAACGAGGUUUCCGUGAAUUGCGUCAUGAUGUUGCCAAGAACGUUGUGGUUACCGAAAUGGAGUGGGCUUCACUGGGUGAUGGCUACUUUUACUUGCCACGGGACCAACCAACAGUUGUGUUCCGCCUUGUACCUGUGAAUUUGACCUUUCCCCGCUACAUACAGCAAAAUUGGUCGCUUCUGGAAGAACCCACCUGGAUGCGCUGCGGAUGCCCGCCAUUUUGCCCACUGAGCAGAAGUUCCGUUGACUAUAUUCAGGGGACGCGAUGGUAUUCACAUGACAUGUUUGAUCAACCUAUUGUGCGGCGUUACAGUUUUUGGACGAAGAUAGACGUGGAUGUCGACUUCUUUGGGCGGCUAAAACCAAAUCUGGUAGAGUUGCUUGUGUCAAACGGCCGACUAUUAGGCCAUACUGGAUAUACGUACAAUGGCCGUGGCUGUAGUGAUGAACUACAGGAGGCUAUACAAACGUUCCUAGUGUCAAAUGGAAUGCGGGCAGUUAGUGAAGGUCAAGAUUGGUGGCUCUCUGAUGAUCGAACGUAUUACACCAACUUUGUUGUGGGCUCCGUGAACUUCUUCCUCGACCCAAAGGUGCGGAGUCUUACAGCAUACCUGAACGAGUACCCUAACGGAUUCUUCAAGCACCGCUGGACCGACCAAAGCCUUUUGCAUAAAGUCAUGGGAGUCUUUUGCGGCGCCAAUGAGUCUGAUUUCUCCCUCGAUUGGGGUCACUUGCGUUGCUCAAAAACACGCACAACACCAUACGCCGUUUUUUACCACAGCAAGCGAAAGAAGAAGGUGCGUCCGGGGCGGCCGUGCCGGUCAUAG